AUGUCUGAUCGAUCAAGCAACGGCGGCCCUCACCACGGCACCUCAAAUAUCCAGAGAGACCCGUCUGGAAAUACAGCAGCACUUCAUAGCAGCAAUAACGCCAAGAAUACAGAUUCCACCACGGAUUCACAGUCCAGAGACAGGACUGAUGUCAGUGCAAGCACUCCAUACAUGCCUCAGUCCGGAAAACUCGCAGAAAAAGUCAACCAUCCGCCACAUGAGCCUAACCAGAGGGUAGAUGGAGAUGACAAUGGUGAUCCAGAGAAACAUCGCCGGGAAGAUGUCGCCGGCAGCAGUCGGUGGAUUCCGCAGGCUGGAAAACCUACGGGUAAUUCAUCGCUUUGA